UCAGGAAGCUGUAACAUGAAGAGGACAGCAGGUCCUUGGCACUUCCUGUUUUAAUUCUAACUAACUGUCAUUAUUGCUCAAGCAACAUUGUGCAAUAUUGCAUUCCUUCAACACACACACACACACACACACACACACACACACACACACACACACACACACACACACACACACACACACACACACACACACACACACACACACACACACACAUAUUUGAUUCAAGGCUGCUAUAUUGCAUAAAAAUAAUCCAUGUCAUAAGCAAGGCUCAUUUAGUUGAUUUUUUAAAGUUGAUUAAAUAGAAAGCUCUGAUUUACUUAGUGUGUUUGAUUUAAGACGGCUGGCAUUUCAAGCAGCUUUAAUAUUUCUGAAGCAGUUUACAUUUUGGCACUAAUGAAACACAAAUUUAGUGCCAGAGUUUAGAUGGAGUUACUGUGUAAACAGGUGAAGUGACCUAUAGAAGGAUGCAGCAGAGUACAGUCCACAUAUCUGGUCUGAUAUUAGUAGAUAUACACAGACAUACGUAAGUGCAUUUUAAUGACGGAAGCAGACCACUCUCCUUGGCUUACCAAGCUAUUUCGGUACAUUAUGACAACACUUAUCAAAUGUUUUUUUAUGUACAUUUCUAAACCCCACACACAAACUGGUUCAGUGUGUUCUUCUACUGUUUAUCACCCGUUCAUGUGAACUCUACUUGCUUGUCUCAAGGUGUGCCAGGGGGUUGUCUUUUCAAAAACCAUGCUGACACCUCACAACACAACUCACACAACCCCACACACACAUGCAGCGUCCGGAUGUGCUUGAGCCUGUACCUACAAAACUUGUGCAACUCCAAUGAAAAUAAACCAAACUAUGACCACUCUGGGAUCUUUCAGUCAACUCUAACACCAGAAUCCAUAGAAUAUUUUCGUUUUGAAGACUUUGCAGUGGUUGUUGUGAUGAGGCGACUGCCUGGUCAAACACGAGGUAGACUGAGGCACCUCCGCAGGGUUGGCUCUCCCACUUGUUGACAGCUACAGAGAAAGUCGAUAUUUUGUCGCAGCUGCAGAGAAUGUGAAGCUGUUGCCAUGUCAAUAUCCUCUCUAGAAGUGUUCUCUACGGAACCGUUCCUAAAUGGAACAUUCACAGCAGAAGGUUCCUCCUCUGGACCAUACACAGAACCCCACUUGGGCGACAACCUCAUCGCCUUGGGUGACAACAAUGUCACAGGGUCAGACUGCACCUAUAAGGAGGAUUUUAAGCGCUUCCUACUUCCUGCCAUCUACAGUGUGGUCUUCCUGAUUGGUCUGCCUCUGAAUGGGGUGGUCAUCCUGAAGAUCUGGAGGUCACGACCCAACCUGACCCGGAGCAAUGUCUACAUGCUUAACCUGGCCACGGCUGACUUCCUGUAUGUGAUGUCACUACCUCUGCUCAUCUACAACUACGCUAGUCAUGACUACUGGCCCUUUGGAGAGCUGGCCUGCAAACUGGUCCGCUUUCAGUUCUACAGUAACCUGCAUGGCAGUAUCCUGUUCCUGACCUGUAUCAGCCUCCAGCGCUACGUGGGCAUCUGCCACCCUAUGGCCGGCUGGCACAAGCAGGGGGGUCGCAGGCUGGCAUGGGUGGUCUGUGGGGGAGUGUGGCUGGUGGUCGCUGUCCUCUGUGCCCCCACUUUCCACUACGCCUCCACAGGAACACAACGCAACCGCACCGUCUGUUACGACCUGAGUCGACCGGAGCACUCGGCUGACUACUACCCCUAUGGGAUGGCUCUGACCUGCCUGGGCUUCCUGUUGCCGUUUAUGGGCAUCGUGGCGUGCUACUGUCGCAUGGGUCGCCUCCUCUGCCGCCCGCCGUCCCAUCAGGGUGUUAACAUGGCCGCCUCAAUGGAGAAACGGGACAAGGCGGUGAAGAUGAUAAUCAUCGUGGUGACGGUGUUUGCUGUGAGCUUCCUGCCGUUCCACCUUACUAAGACCAUGUACCUGUUGGUACGAACCUUACCAGGUGCUCCGUGUGAGACACGGAACCUGUUCUCAGUGAUCUACAAGUGCACCAGGCCGUUCGCCAGCAUGAACAGCGUUCUAGAUCCUAUACUGUUCUAUUUCACACAGCCACGGUUCCGCAGGAGCACCAGAAUACUGGUCACCAAGAUCACCACUCUCAGAGACAGGGAACCAAGAUGUGAGAAAGUGAAAAACCUCACCAAGAACCCUUGAUUAUUUAGAACCCAUGUUUAACUAGAAGCUCAUUCAAUGGUAAACUCACUUUGAGACAAAAGAACUAAGGUGUGUGUGAAACAUCCAUAGUCCACAGUUGUAUUACACCUAGAUACAUGGGUUCUGGGUACCUAGAACCAAUCCAGAACCCUCAUUGACUUCUGCUCUGCCAGCAUGGCAACAAGCCAGUGUGUUUGUUACUGUGUUUGCUUGUGACUGUAUGCUGAAAUGCAUGAAGUAGUCAGCCAUAACACUGUGUUUGGUUGCCAUAGUAUUAUGUAGUGCAUCCUGUAUGUCUGAGCAUACUGCUAGUUGUUUACCCUAUGAGCCACUAGGUGUUACCUACAUGUCCCAUGGCCUUAAAGGGAUAAUCCACCCCAAACCACAAAUUCCUAUGAUUAAGUGUAUAACACUAAUAUAUGAAAACAAUGUUUUUUUAACAAAUGUUUCAUUUUUAGCAAUGUGAAAAUCGAUGUGCAGUCUUUUGCAGCUCAAGCAACUACAAAAGAUGCAAUGCUCUCUUUCUGGGCUGGCUAGCUAGCAAACGUAGCUACACACAACAAUAGCAAAGUCAAUAUCAGCAUGUAAAGUAGCUAGUUAGCUGUAAAAUCACCUGAACAACCUGCACUAUCAAUUUAGGAGUCUAUCUAACCGUGUUUGCAGUUCCUCUCUGCCCAGAGUGAGUACAGAAUAUGUUGCUAUGGCAACAAUGAGCCAUUCCCACAGACGCACAGUGCGCAUUGUGAGAUGGUACUUGAAGAAGAAAACUGAGAUGAAUAAAUUGGUGCAGUGUUUUAGAUUUGAGCAUAUCUAAGUGAAAUGUGUACUUUGUCAUGAUGAUAUUUAAGUGAUAUUUGCCCGAGAAGCCGGUCUUUGGAGGACAUAUUGGCACGGGUGUUGUUAGCCCCGAGGCAAAGUCGAGUGCCAGCAAACCACGCCAUAUAUCCCGCAAACACUGGCUAUGAGGGAAUUAUUGAAACAAUGUUGCAAAUGUCGGAGAUACAGACAGCAAGGUUUAUACAAAUCUCCCCUGUUAAACUGAAUGUUAGUCUAAAAGAAAUGUGAAAUAAUGUCUAGAUGCUUUUUAUAGUGGAGAUCAAGUUUAUACAUUACCUGGCUGGGCUGAUGAGAUAGUGGAUUGCACAGUCAGAUGGAACAGAGUAAAUGGGCAUUUUAAUGUCAUAGAUUUAGCCAGUGGUAACUUGCGGAAUAGACACCUGUUGGAAUGUGGUUUUAAUCAAUCAGCACUCAGGAUUGGACCCACCCGUUUUCUAUAUAUAUUAUAUAGAAAUGGAUGGAUGGAUGUGUUCUAGACAAGUAUGCUAUCUAUUGGCCGAUUUGGUGAUCUGGAGUGCAGAUAAUUCUUUUAAAAGCUUUUAUGAAAUGUGAUAGUGCUGAGAACCGUGUAGCUAUGACGCGUUCCUACACGAUUUCCUGAUUUCACAGACUGACCACUUCCAAGUUAAAUCAUGAGGAAAUGUUUUAUUUCACCUACCGAUAGAACACAUGCUUUCACCAAAUUCACCAGAGUAUCAUUAUUUUAACAAAUUUUCUGGGGGUGGAUUAUCCUUGUUAAAUGGACUAUUUCGGCUGUGGUGUGCUGUUUCCCGUGUGUACUGUACCUUUCCUAUCUAAUAGGUUUAGACAUUUUAAAAGUGAAUGUCUGAGACAAACAUUUUAAAUGUCUUGAAAUAAGCACUUGUAUGCAUGACAAACCGUGUCCCUGACAUGCAAAUGGAUACUGAUGCUUUGUGGUCUAAUUCACUCAAUAGUUUUGCCACUACAAGAUGAGGUCUAGUUUUAUUUUAGUUAAAUGUUGCUUAAUGUGGUUUUGUUUUUCUGUUUUUUGUUUUUUCAAACCAUGGCCUUUGUAAAUACUUAAGUCUCCAAGAGAAUAUCACAGGACUAACAGAUCAGCUGUUGUCCCUAUGUGUAUCAGCUGCAGAAGAUUGGAUUGCUCAAUACCACAAAUUAUUGUCUUGUUUUGGUCAAAUGUGAGUGACAGCUGAUGUUUUUGUUCCUAAGUCUGUCUGGACUGUGUGUGUGUGUGUGUAUAACCUCUUCCUUAGCUUAAGGCCCUUAAUGAAGUGAUCACGUAGAUUUGAUAUGUGGGGCACAUGUCUGUAUGGGUCUAAUAGGAACCAAGGUAGAUGUCAGAUGCUCUUCUUGGAGCGGAUAUUUCCCAGUCAGUGGAUCCUUUUUUUUUUUUUACAGUGAAGUCUUAUUUUUAUAACAAAGAGAACCAAAUUAUAUUUUUGUUACAAAUUAGUUUUAUUUCCUCACUUAUGUUUGUACAUGUAUUUAUUUGUGCUGUUUCAUGCAUGUCCAUACCUCUUUGUGAAUGACCUCUCCAAUUAACAAGCCUGUUGACACUGUAGUAACUUGCUGUGGUCAAUAAAGAUUACAUGUAUCAACCAAA